UUUUUUUUGUUUUUUUUUAAAUAUUUAACUAAAGAAGACCCAUACUUUACAAUACCAACCUUACAUGUCUUUCUCUCUCCAACAGUCCAAUCUGCUUUUUCUUUAUCUGUCUAUCUAUAAAAAUGAUCCAGUUUUGGCAGCAAUAUUUUCUCCCACAGCUGACCACCCCUAAAAUGGAACUCCUAUGAUCUCUCUUUUUCUUCCCAAAUUUGCCUCUCUUUAGCAUAUACAUACAGACCUUAGCUGUAUCUAUAUAUUCUCACCCCUCCACCCCAAUAGCUUCUUCCUCUAUUGAGUGCCUUCAAUUCAUCAGUUAUUCUCAAAAAUUCGAUUCGACCUCGAUAUAUACUUUAACACACACUACACUCUCUCUCACACGCUCACACACAUAUAUAGAGAGAGAGUUUUCAUCUUCUUCGCGUGGUCUAAAAUGGACAACUGCCUGGCUGCACACACACAUACAGAUAUAUAAAUACGUAUAGACGGCGGUUCUCUUUUUAAUCUCGCGAAAACACGCACCGGAAAGAGGCUGAGAUGUUGGAUCUAAAUGUUGACGCCGUUUUUCUGGUCGACCCCGACGAGGCCCACCGCGGCGGCAAGACGACGGCCACCGCGGAUUCAGUGGCGUCCACCACCACAUCCACCACCAACAUUGCUUUCCCCACCGCCGCCGGCGCGGAAGAGGUCGCCGAUUGCAGCAGCGCCGCCCGCCUGUCAACCCUCAAUUUCCCAAUCCUUGACAAGGGGGUAAUCGAGAUUGAGGACGAUGAAGUUAGUGAUGAAGCCACCGAUAGCAGGAACGAGCUGCAACUUUUCCCGAUUGGGGCACCCUCGCCGUCUCCGGCGUUGCUGAGGGCUGGGUACUGGCUGAAUCUGUCGGCGCCCAAGGUCGGGGAUGGCGGCGGGGUGGAUUUCGGGGCUUACAAGGCAAGUAAUCUGGUGCAGCAGCAGCAGCCGCAGGUGAAGAAGAGCAGGCGUGGGCCCCGCUCUCGGAGCUCGCAGUAUCGAGGGGUUACCUUCUACAGGAGGACUGGGAGAUGGGAGUCCCAUAUCUGGGAUUGUGGCAAACAAGUCUAUUUGGGAGGGUUUGACACAGCUCAUACUGCAGCUAGAGCAUACGAUCGUGCUGCAAUCAAGUUUCGUGGGGUUGAUGCUGAUAUCAAUUUCACUAUCAAUGAUUAUGAAGAGGAUAUGAAACAGAUGAAGAACCUUACAAAACAAGAGUUUGUUCACAUUCUUCGCCGUCAAAGCACAGGUUUCCCUCGAGGAAGCUCAAAGUACAGAGGUGUUACACUGCAUAAAUGUGGUCCAUGGGAGGCAAGAAUGGGUCAAUUCUUUGGAAAGAAGUCUUAUAACCAAGCUGCCAUCAAAUGUAAUGGAAAAGUAACUGUGACGAACUUGGAGUCUGGUAACGAUGAGAGGAAAAUUGUCCAAACCAAAGAUGGAGGUUGUGGCAGCAAUCUUGAUCUAAACCUUGGGAUGUCUUUAUCUUCAGAUGGGCCACGUGAUAAUAGCAUAACAAUGGAUUUGCAGUUCUCUCAUGCAUCAAAUGAAAUGCCUGAUGGCAAGAGAAUACAGGUCGAAACUGCUUCAGCUUCACCCCAAGAGUUUGGAAUGUCAACCAACUGUUCCCCCAUGUGGGCUGCUGGCAUAUAUUCUGGGUUUGCCCCAAAUGCUAAGGAAAGAACAACCAGAGGUGAAGACAUUCGUUUUUUGCCUGGAUUCACAAAUUGGAUCACAAAAAUGGGAAGCAAUGGUGGUGGCAUGAUAACCCCCCUUGUACCUAUAUUGUCUUCUUCCUCUGCAGCAUCAUCAGGAUUCUCUCCCUCUACUCUCCUGCCUCAGUUACACUACAUUCCACAACCUCCUUCACUCAAUUUCAAUUUCAGUUAAGUUACUGAAGGGG